AUGACUGGAAGCAUGGUAAAUAGGGGUGCUACCCUGCUGUCAAACAACAUAGUAAAUAUCACCGCUGCUGGUUUUCUGGCAUUCAUCUUGUACUAUUUCCUCUACAAGCCUCUAUACGCAAGUUCUCUGGUAAAGGUCCCGGGCUCAAAACUAUUUGCGGCAAGCAAAUGGCGGCUUGCAUUGGCUGAUUAUCAAGGAGUCCGAACGCAAACCAUCCACUCCUUGCAUAAGCAAUAUGGUACUGCGGUGCGAAUCGGGCCAAAGGAAGUCUCGUUUUCAUCUCUCAGUGCGCUGAAGGCAAUCUACGGGGCUGGAUCUGGCUUUGAGAGAACCACUUUCUACAGAAUGUUUGAUGCCUACGGACGUCAGAAUCUCUUCACUUUUGCCGGAACAAAACAACAUGCCGAGAGAAAAAAGCUGCUAGCUCAUGCCUAUUCCAAAAGUGCUAUAUUGUCACCCAAUGCUCUGGCAAAGCCCUUAAUAGAGAAAAAUGUGAACAGCUAUCUUGAACUUUUGGAACGCGAAAAGGAUGUGGCGGAGGAAAUAUUCCAAAGCCUACAUUGGUUCAGCUUGGACAGCAUUACUGGGUUCCUCUACGGAGAAAGGUAUGGAGGAACACAGGCGGUUACAGGGAACAAAACACACAGGCAACUCAUUGGCGAUAUCAUUGACCCUAGUCGGAGAAAGCUGAGCUGGUAUGCUGUGCACCUGACGAACUACACGAAAUGGCUCUAUACGCGAACCGGAAUUGUGGAGAGUCUUGUCACUCGCUUGGGCUUGUUGCCGAUGGAAAAGCCUGCCACGUACAGUGGUAUUCGAAAACAUGCACUCCAGUCGUGGACUGAUUUCGAGGCCUCCGUGACGGGAAACCCACCGCCUCAGGACUUGGCCAUUAUCGAAAAGCUGUGGAAGCACAGCAAAUCUGGCAAAGGACCCCGCCUUGACGGUCUUGAUAUGGCCUCCGAACUGGCAGAUCAUUUCCUCGCCGGUGUCGACACCACCAGCGAUACCGUCAUGUUCACCAUCUGGGCCCUCUCGCGGGAGGAGAACCGGAUGUACCAACAGAAAUUGAUCGACGAGGUCGAUAGAAUCCCUAGCACAGAUUGUAAUGAGGACGGCAACCCGACUGUGGAGGCUGUGGACAAACUUCCAUACCUUGAUGCUGUCAUCAAGGAGACUCUUCGUCUCUAUGCCCCCUUACCAGCCUCAGAACCACGAUCAUUGCCGUUUGACACAACGAUUGACGGGUACUUGAUUCCAGCCGGAACCGUUGUGAGCAUGUCGCCAUAUACCCUUCAUCGAAACCCAGAUGUGUUUCCCGAGCCUCUGAAGUUCAAGCCAGAGCGGUGGCUAGGACAGUGUGGUGAUUUGACCGAAAUGAAGAAAUGGUUCUGGGCAUUUUCAAGUGGAGGUCGUAUGUGCAUUGGCUUACACCUUGCUAUGGCAGAAAUGACAACGCUACUGGCUGCUGUCUACAGACGAUAUUCGACUAGUGAGUACAAGCGGCAAAGAGGAACAAGUCCAGUCAUUACCAGCCGAUUUGAAGUGUUCUAUGAUGAGACCCUCCCCAGGGCUGAAGAGCAUGAAUGUUUGAUUAACUUUGAGAAACGAAUUGAUAAGAAGAUGGAAUGA